CUCCGCCGGCAGUCUCUGCUCGGCGUUCUAGCGGCCAGGAACGAUCUGCGAUCCGCGCUGCGGGCAAUGCAUCCCCGUUGCCAUGAGGCCCAUCUAUCAGCAGGAGCAGCCGCUCUUCUACCAGCGGCCAGCUAAUCUCCGACGCCUACGUCAUCCGCCGGGCACCGCCGUCUACGGACGCAGCUAUUCGCUCGAGGAUCAGCCGGAGGAGGAUGUGAUCCCGGUCUAUCCAAAGUUUAUUUACGCCCCACAGCAGCAGUCGCAUCAGCAGCAAAGGGCUCAAUAUCCGCUGUAUCAGCUGGGCGAUUCACUGAGCUCGCUGGACAGUGAUUACCCGGGCGAUGAGUACAGUGGAGCCUACAUAGUGGAAGAAAGGGUAGCGGCUCCCACUCCGAAAGUAGUCCAGAAUCUCAAUGCCCUGGGGCGACUGUUAGAGCUCCUGCAGCGCUGUCCUCUGCCAUGUCUCUCCUUCAACACGGCCUGCAUCUGCUCGCUGAUUGUCAUUUUCCUAGCGCCGCGUACUUGUGCCCAGAGUUUACUGUUUCCCGCUUUCAGAUUGUUCUGCGGCACCCUGUACCCGGCCUAUGCCUCUUAUAAGGCCGUCAGGACCAAGGAUGUCAAGGAAUAUGUUAAAUGGAUGAUGUACUGGAUUGUCUUUGCAUUUUUCACCUGCAUUGAAACAUUCACGGACAUCUUCAUCUCCUGGCUUCCGUUCUACUACGAGGUGAAGGUGGCCCUGGUCUUCUGGCUCCUCUCGCCGGCCACAAAGGGCAGUUCAACGCUGUACCGCAAAUUCGUGCAUCCCAUGUUGACGCGCCACGAACAGGAGAUCGACGAGUAUGUGAAUCAGGCCAAAGAGCGGGGCUAUUCGGCGGUCCUGCAGCUGGGCUCCAAGGGAGUGAACUAUGCCACCAAUGUGCUCAUGCAGACGGCCAUCAAGGGCGGUGGAAAUCUGGUGCAGACGAUCAAGCGGAGCUAUAGCCUCAGCGAUCUCAGUGAGCCGGAUAUGCAUCGCACCCAGGACGAGCUGGACGCGGUGAUGAUGUCUUCGAUGGCCUCGUCGGCGGUGGUCAUGCGUUCGCCCUCCACGGGCGCUCGCCUCCUGAGGCCAAGGAAUCAGACGCCCGUGGGCAGAAGCGGCAGUGGAACACGCCACUCCACGGGCAUGUAUUUCACGGAGGUGGAUGUGACCGCCAAGAAUGCGGGCGAUUUCAACUACAACAUUCGCAGCCAGGAUGACAUCAGCUCCGGCUACUCGAGUGCCGAACCCGUGAGCGGUCUCAGUCGCACCUCCUCCAUGACGAAUGCUUCCAAGGGUCGGGCCAAGUCCAAACGCAAUGAGUUGCUGGAGGAGAUGAGGGACGAGGUCUACUUAGACAACCAGCUGUACUUUCAAGGUGUGCGAGGGGAGAAUUCGGUUCCAGCGGUCCAGGAACUGAAGAUUGUGGAGAGUUUUGAAAGAAUCCCAUUUGAGGAGGAGGUGGAGAGGGAGGAGGAGGAUAAAGACAUCGCGGAAGAUGAGGACUUUUUCGAGGCCUUGCCUUUAAUAGAGGAGGACUUAAAUGAAGAGGAAGUAGGGAAGCGAAACCAAGAUCCACUAAAGAAUUUUAUUCAAGAGGAGGAGUUUGAAGAUGCUGUAUUUCAAAAACCUGAAGAGGAUACCCAGAAAAUCAAUGAUAUGAGUGCAGAGGUAACUAAAGAAAAGCUGGAAAAUCAGAACACAAAUGGAACUGCUGAACCCCAGCUAAGCAAACCAUAUGUCCAACCACCCAUAGACCCCUUUUUACUGGUCCUGAGCACUUCUGCAUCGGCACCAGAUCCCUUUCUACCCGAAAGACCGCGUCCAAUGUCGCCUCGUGAAAUGCGGGCCACGCUGGAGGAGAUUAAGCACAGCUUCCGUGCCCAAUUGGAACCGGAAUCGCCCUCUAUAUCCAACUCCCCGUCGCCCUCUUUGCGACCCAGGGCCAAUCAUGGCAAGGGGCGGGCUCCACCGCCGCCACUGCCACCAAAAAAACACUCACUAAGUCCCCAACCGGACGCCAUCAGCCAGACAUCGACGGGCAGCGUGGAACGCAAGUCAGGUAUCGGCCAACUGUUCAAGCAAAUCAAAGCUAAUGUGCUGCGUAACAAAGCUAAUCCCAGCCAGCGGCCGGAGGAUGAGCAGCUGGCGGCCAAAGAGACGCAGAUUUGAAGACAAAUCCAUGUCUGCUAGCUGCACCACUUUGCCCCGUUCGAGCAGCCGGAAAACGGACAGAUCCCAAGUGGGUGGAACUGGUGCCACUGGUGGGCAGGCCAAAACGCGCAACAA